CAAUGCGAACAAAACUCUCACCUAGAAAUGGUGACGACCCCCUCGGAUGAAAAUAAUCCCGUUAGCUCAGCCGUUCAGGCGGCAAAUUUUGAUAUGCAGCUUCGUUGUGCCGUCACGGAACUUAAUCCAAAUUACGACUUCAUUACUGCCAAAUAUCCAGAACAGCAGCUGAGGGAGAUUCCGAGAAAUAAACUGAAAUUGAUACGACUACUUGGGCAAGGCGCCUUUGGAGAAGUGUACGAAGGGACAUUGAAAAACAUGUGUGCUAACGUCAGUGAAUUAUCAGUUGCAGUGAAAACGCUGCCAGCAUUGAGUACCCAACAAGCGGAAACAGAUUUUAUGAUGGAAGCUGUGAUUAUAAGCAAGUUUAUGCACAAGAACGUGGUGAAGUGCCUAGGGGUUUGCUUUGAGGAACACCCAAGGUACAUCAUUCUAGAACUCCUAGAAGGGGGUGAUCUCAAAACAUUCCUUAGGGACUCUAGGCCAAAAACGGACCAACAUUACUUCCUUAGUAUGAAGGAACUCGUCCAUCUUUCGUUAGAUGUCGCUAACGGAUGUCGUCAUCUAGAAGAAAAACACUUCGUACACAGAGAUAUAGCGGCAAGAAACUGCUUGUUAACAACACGUGGAGAAGGUCGUAUUGCAAAAAUAGCAGACUUCGGAAUGUCUAGAGAUAUCUACAGGUAUUAA